AUGGUGCAGUUGAACCCAGUGCCAGUAGAGGAAGACAUCACUGAGGUCCCAGUUGAUAUCAGUGUCAAACUGAACCUCAACUUUCCUGAUAACCGCGUCCUGAAGAAAGAUCUUUCUGAAUGUCUGAAUGACACAGACUACGAUAAGCUGAUGGACACUAUUCAGAACGGCCUUCCACAACCAAAUAAAUCUUAUGAUGUUGUCAUUGUUGGGGCUGGUAUGGCUGGACUGUCAGCUGCCAUGCUGCUGCAAGACGCGGGACACAAGGUAACCAUAUUAGAGGCAAGUGAUCGUGUUGGCGGACGUAUAGAGACCUAUAGAAAUCACGAGGAGGGCUGGUAUGCUGAACUUGGAGCCAUGAGGAUUCCAAGUUUUCACCACAUCGUCCUUUGGAUCGCUGACAAGCUGGGGGUCAAGCUCAAUGACUUUGUCAUGGAUGACCCCAACACCUUUUACUUUGUUAAUGGAGUGCUGGAGAACACAAGCACAGUGCAAAGUAACCCUGACAUCCUCAAUUACGAUGUCUUGCCAACUGAGAAAGGGAAGUCAGCUGACGAACUGCUACAGGAAGCUUUGAAAGCGGUGAAAGUGGACGUGAUGAUGAAAGGCUGCCUGGCGCUGAGAAAAUACGACCAUUAUUCUGUGCAGGAUUAUUUGAUAGAAGAAGGACAUCUGAGUCCAGGAGCAGUGAGGAUGAUCGGAGACCUGCUCAAUGAACAGAGCCUCAUGUUCACAGCGCUGACUGAAAUGAUCUAUGACCAGAGUGACAUCAAUGACGACAUAAAGUACUCCGAAGUGACUGGUGGGUCAGACCUGCUCCCCAAAGCUUUUCUUAACGUCCUCAAUGAAACCAAAAUUCUCCGCAACUCCAAGGUCAAACGCAUCAGUCAGUCAGAUAACGGUGUAAUUGUAUCGUACCAGACAGGCCAACAAUCUUCUUUAACUGACCUUUCCGCCAACUACGUCCUGGUAACGACCACAGCAAAAGCAGCGCUUUACAUGGACUUUGAUCCACCUCUGUCAAUCCCGAAGAUGCAGGCACUGAGGUCAGUCCACUACGACAGCUCCACUAAAAUCCUCCUCACCUUCAGUGAGAAGUUUUGGGAGAGGGACGGCAUCCGAGGAGGAAAGAGCAUCACCGACCGGUCGUCUCGUUUCAUCUACUACCCCAGCCACAGUUUCCCAAACAAUUCAAACAUCGGCGUCCUGCUGGCUUCCUACACCUGGUCCGAUGACUCCCUCCUCUUUUUAGGAGCGAGCGAUGAAGAGCUGAAAGAGCUGGCUCUGAGGGAUUUGGCGAAGAUCCACGGCGAGUACGUAAAGUCUCUCUGCACAGGCGUGGUGGUGAAGAAGUGGAGCACAGAUCCUCACAGCUUCGGUGCCUUCGCUCUCUUCACCCCCUACCAACAUUUAGAGUAUACUAGGGAGCUCUUCAGAAGUGAAGGCAGGGUGUAUUUUGCUGGUGAACACACAGCCUUCCCUCACGCCUGGAUCGAGACGUCUAUGAAAUCUGCAAUCAGAGCUGCUACUGCUAUUAACAAGGGGUGGACACAACUUUUAGAGGACACACCAUCCAUGAUCUCCAACAGCAGUGUGAAAUGUGGACUCACCCAUGUAGGUGACGGGGUGAACAACAGCCAGGUAUCGCUCUACGCAGGUGAGGAUGUGAAAGCACAUCUGUCCGGGGAAAACCAAAGAAGACGCAAAAACACCCACUCUCAUCACCUGGAAGUGACCAUAGUAAAAGCUGCAAUAGGUGACUACACACCCAAACACGAAAAUCAGCUCAAUAGCAGCCAUGUGGAGGGUGAACAUGUCCGAGUGGAUGGUUGUUGCAAAGGACCCCUGUUGCCGCCAUCUUUGGUGACCCAGGUAGAGGACAAGGAUGGAGAGAGGGAGGAGAAGGAGGAUCCUAGUGGCGUUGAAGGCGGUGGUGAGAUGAAAUCCAGCCGUGGAGCCGUCGCAGAAGAAAUGCAAAGAGGAGGACGAGGAGUUGGCUGA